UUGGCGCGAAAUCGCCUGUGCGGUGACGAAAGAGAUCAACGCGGCGAUUCCAUCUUUCUCGUCUCCUCCAACCUCGUCUCCUUCACCACCUCCUCCACCUCGUCUCCUCAUCAACCUCCUCGGCCAUCGCGAGCCAUGGAUGUGCAGGAGCCUGUUCAGGGCCACGCUGGCCAGACGGUGAAAGAUGAGUUGGCCGAGAAGUGUCAGAAACUCUUCCAAGACUUCCUUGAGGAGUUCCAGACGGCAGAAGGCGAGAGGAAGUAUGUUCGAGACGCCGAGGAGCUUGGCCGCCCCGAGCGGAACACGCUGGUGGUGGACUUCACGGACCUGGAGCAGCACAACCAGCAGUUGGCCACCACUGUACAGGAGGAUUACUACAGGGUCUACCCCUACCUGUGCCGUGCCAUCCGUAACUUUGCCCGCGACCACUGGAAGGACAUCCCGCAGGCGAAGGAGUUUUACGUGGCCUUCACGGAGGUGCUCGCCAGACACAAGAUCCGAGAGCUGACCACCACCAAGAUUGGCACCCUGCUGCGCAUCAGUGCGCAGGUUGUGCGCACGCACCCCGUGCACCCCGAGCUGGUGAGCGGCACCUUCCAGUGCCUCGACUGCCAGUCGGUGGUGCGUGACGUGGAGCAGCAGUUCAAGUACACGCAGCCGACCAUCUGCCGCAACCCCGUGUGCGCCAACCGACGCCGCUUCCUGCUCGACACCAACAAGUCGCGCUUUGUCGACUUCCAGAAGGUGCGCGUGCAGGAGACGCAGGCGGAGUUACCGCGGGGCAGCAUCCCGCGCAGCGUCGAGGUGGUGCUGCGCGCCGAGGCGGUGGAGACGGCGCAGGCCGGCGACCGCUGCGACUUCAUCGGCACGCUCAUCGUGGUGCCCGACGUCGCGCAGCUCUCCACGCCAGGCGUUCGUGCCGAGACGAGCUCGCGGGUGACCGGGCGCGACGGCUUCGAAGCGGACGGCGUGCGUGGCCUCAAGGCGCUGGGCGUGCGCGACCUCUCCUACCGCCUGGCCUUCCUCGCAUGCCACGCGGAGGCCACCAACCCCCGGUUUGGAGGCAAGGAGAUCAGAGAGGAGGACCAGUCGGCCGAGAGCAUCAAGAACCAGAUGACGGUGGCCGAGUGGGAUAAGGUGUUUGAGAUGAGCCAGGACAAGAGCCUCUACCACAAUCUGUGCUCCAGCCUCUUCCCCACCAUACACGGCAACGACGAGGUGAAGCGCGGCGUGCUGCUCAUGCUGUUUGGCGGGGUUCCCAAGAAGACGCUGGAGGGGACGUCGCUCCGUGGAGACAUCAACGUGUGCGUGGUGGGGGACCCCAGCACGGCCAAGAGCCAGUUCCUCAAGCACGUGGAGGAGUUCUCCCCGCGCGCCGUCUACACGAGUGGCAAGGCGAGCAGCGCGGCGGGCCUCACGGCGGCCGUGGUGCGCGACGAGGAGUCGCACGAGUUCGUCAUCGAGGCCGGAGCGCUCAUGCUCGCCGACAACGGCGUUUGCUGCAUCGACGAGUUCGACAAGAUGGAGCCGCGUGACCAGGUCGCCAUCCACGAGGCCAUGGAGCAGCAGACGAUAUCCAUCACCAAGGCCGGGGUGAAGGCGACGCUGAACGCUCGCACGUCGAUUCUAGCGGCCGCCAACCCCGUGGGGGGUCGCUACGACCGCGCCAAGUCCCUGAAGCACAACGUCAACCUGUCGGCGCCCAUCAUGUCCCGCUUCGACCUCUUCUUCAUCCUCGUGGACGAGUGCAACGAGGUGACGGACUACGCCAUCGCGCGCCGCAUCGUGGACCUGCACUCGCACAAGGAGGCAGCGGUGCAGCGCGUGUACUCGCUCGAGGACAUGCGCCGCUACCAGCUGUUUGCCCGGCAGUUCAAGCCCAAGAUCACCAAGGCGGCCGAGGAUUUCAUGGUGGAGCAGUACAAGCGGCUGCGCCAGCGCGACAGCUCGGGCAUCACCAAGUCGGCGUGGCGCAUCACCGUGCGCCAGCUGGAAAGCAUGAUCCGCCUCUCCGAGUCCAUGGCGCGCAUGCACUGCUGUGACGAGGUGCAGCCCAAACACGUGAAGGAGGCCUUCCGGUUGCUUAACAAGUCGAUUAUCCGUGUGGAGACGCCCGACAUCAACCUGGAUCAGGACGAGGACUACCAUGCGAGCGAGGAGGCCUCAGACGGCGUAAACGGCGUAAACGACGGCGUAAACGACGGAACGAACGGGGGAACGAACGGGGUAACGAACGGCUCUGUGCACGCGGCCGACCCUGAGAGUCCCCCGCAAAAAGUGGGGGCCGCCCCCCCCACUCCCGCCAAGGCCUCUCUCCGUCUCUCCUUCAGCGAAUACCGGCGCCUCUCCAACCUGCUGGUGCUGCACCUGCGCCGCAUGGAGGAGCUGGAGGAUGUGUCGGUGCGCAGGGGGGAGCUGGUGGAGUGGUACCUGAAGGAGAUUGAGAGUGAGAUCGAAACCGAGGCUGAGCUGGUCACCAAGAAAACCGUCGUGGAGAAAGUGAUCUACCGGCUAGUGCACUAUGAUCACGUUCUGAUCGAGAUCGCUCAGACCGGCCUCGGACAGCGGCGUCGAGGCGAGGGCGACGAGGUGGUGCAGGAGGAGGACCCCUUCCUCGUUGUCAACCCCAACUUCGUCCUGGAGGACUGAGGAAACCCCGCUCCACCUCUCCCCUCCACUCGCCGACACGCGCCACCUCCACCCACUUGCUACGACCAACUCCUCCGCACGCAGCCUCCACCUCCCGCUGAAGCCCUUCUCUCUCCUAAUUAACCCCGACUUCUCCACCCACCGUCUUUCCGUGCGGUGCGGUCAGCCGUCGAACCUCAUGGCUUUGCUCUGCAGCGCCGUUGGUACUGCAAGUGGCCGCGUUGCGUGCCGAGCGAGCAGCAGAGGCAGUGACGUUGGCUGAUGCAGGACCGCGUGGGCACGACCGCGUUGCGUUGUGCAGGGCAGGUGGUCUGCCACGAAUGGCGCGUGUGGCUGUGUGUAGUGUGGUGUGUCGUGUGGGUGCGUAGUGUCGUAUCGUCGUGCAGCGGUUAGCGUGUUGUGAUACGAACCCGGCGACCCGAAUUCGAUUCACGCUCACAGCCAACACGAGUGAGGAUUAUCUGAACCGGUAAUGGGCCUCCCCUAGGGCCACUCAGCCAAAAAUAAGGGAUUCGUGCGGUGUGUGGACAUCGCUAGUAGGGGAACAAGGCGGCCGUUUGUGGUGCUGGCCACCCACCCCCCCCUUCGUGUGCCAUGCCGGCCUUCAUAAGUGCUCGCAAACAGCAAUUGUCCCAACAGUCUGCUCAGACUAUGUUGGGAAAGCAUCGUAUCGCAGUGUGUGCGCGUGGUUCGUUGCGGACUGAAGGUGUUGUGAUUCACGCGCUGCGUUCACAGUCCUUGCAGCCCGAUUUAAUGAUGUGCCUAGCCGCAACGCAGAAAUGUUGAGUGGCGAGCGGAGUUUGACCCGGCUUGGGCCUCUCCGAGAUAGACUCGAAAACGAGCACUGGGUAUGUUCGGUAUUGUUCUGUGGAGCCCAUGGCUGCAGGGCGUUUUUUGGCCAAACUGCCCCUUCGUGUGUCGUGCCAGCCUUUCAUAGAUGAUGCCCUCUCUCUGACUGUGCUCGCCCUUGUAUUCUACAAGGCCAGACCUGGAUGUUUUUUCUCUGCGUCUCUGCUUCUGAUUGACGUGGCCACGUGUUGCUUUGUUUGUUUCGCGUCUUCGUUGUGAUUUCCUGGGUUACUGCACCAAUGCGUGACAUGUUACCUGUCCCGGUUGUCUGUAUUCGAGUUUGUUUUUUUCAACUGCAGUUUCAAGUAAUAAAGGCACACGAUGCAGCCAUAGACACAAUCGUUAUUUUUUUUUUUAAAUAUCAGUGGAACCCUACAUCCUACAGACUCCAGCCAUAUACCUACCGUUCGACUUGUCUCACCGAGACACUUUUAAGGCUACAUAGAACUUGUUUUAAAUACCAUUUUGCUUUUUUAGGCUUCUCAAUUGUUUUCUAUUUCAUUUCCAGAGUCCCAAUGCCACUUCCAGGAGUC